UGGCAUCUGGAGGGAUGGCAGCAGGGCGGUCAGAGGCCAGCACGGCUGGGGGGCGAGCAGCAGGAGCAGAGGCGGGCAGAGGUGGCAGCAGAGAGAGCAGCAGCGGUGCAGGAAGUGGCUGCGGUAGGGAGGGAGAGUGCUCCAGGCAAGGGGGGGGAGUGGGUCCGAGGGGUGAAAACGGUGCAGUGAGCACUUCAGUAUGGCACGUGGGGGGAGCGGAUGGAAGGCGGACAACGGGAGCAGGCACGGAGGGACAAGCCAUGCAAGCCAGAGCCCGCAGGGAGCGCAUGAAUUCACGCAUGAGGCAGCUGCAGGCGCUGGUGCCGGGGGCGGGGUGCAUGACAACAGAGAGCUUUCUGGAGGAGGCGGUGCAGUACGUGCACUUCCUGCAGCGCCAGGUCGCGGACCUCACAGCCUCUCUGCACGUCAACCAAAGCUCCUGCUCAACUGCUGCCAGCACAGGCAUGCUCUUCUCCCGCCCCUCCACUCUUCCCACCCACAUGCCUCGCAUCCACACCGCCUUCCCCACUGCAGCGCUGCCGCUUGCCUCCACCACCACUGCUGGGUGGGUGGGCAAGGCACAGCAACGUCAGGCAUGGGCACCACUGAGAGAGAGUGGGGCAGAGUUGGAGCGGAGAGGUGGUGGGAGGGAUAGUAGGUGUGCAGGAGGUAGGGUGUCGGGGUGGCGGCGAGUAGGAGAGGAGAUGCAGCGGAGGCAGCUAUGCUUGGUUCCCGUGGGGGCGCUGAUGCCACUGCUGGAGCCAGGGGGCAUGGUGGACAGGGCGCUCAUGCUGCUGCAGAAGAACGAGGAGCAGAGAGAUGGAGAUGGGUAAAGAACGCGGUGGUGAGAGGCAAAUGGCAAGAAGAACGCCCGCGUGGAAUGCCACGCUCUUGGACAACUUGUGGAUUGCAUUGCACGCUGGAAAGCUAUUCAUUGUAUUUCUUGGCACAAAUUAAAGCCUGUGGCUCAGCAGAUGGUUGUGGCUUGUUCUAGCAUUUGCUUGUUAAGUAUAUCAAGAUGAGUAGUAGUUGAGUAGAAUAGAAGGAUACGGGGGUAUAUAGACCAGGCCUGACGUUUCAAAAAAACCCACCCUGAGCUGUCGACUAAAAACACAAAUUUACC